CGGCCACCGCCUGGCACAGCGUCUCCGCCUUCGCAGGCGGGGACCCGGAGCAAGAGCGACCGCGGGGCCAGGCCCGGCCCCGGAGCGAACGGGAGCGCAAGGCGCGCAGCGAACCCCGGAGCCCGGAGGGCCGCAAAGAUGUUUCCCAGGGAGGCGACAUGGAACAUCUCGUUCGCGGGCUGCGGCUUCCUGGGCGUCUACCACGUCGGCGUGGCCUCCUGCCUCCGCGAGCACGCGCCCUUCCUGGUGGCCAACGCCACGCACAUCUACGGCGCCUCGGCCGGGGCGCUCACCGCCACCGCGCUGGUCACCGGCGCCUGCCUGGGCGAGGUAGGUGCCAACAUCAUCGAGGUGUCUAAGGAGGCCCGGAAGCGGUUCCUGGGUCCCCUGCACCCCUCCUUCAACCUGGUAAAGACUAUCCGUAGCUGCAUGGUGAAGACCCUGCCCGAUGACAGCCAUGAGCGUGCCAGCGGGCACGUGGGCAUCUCCCUGACCCGCGUCUCUGAUGGCGAGAAUGUCAUUAUAUCCCACUUCAGCUCCAAGGACGAGCUCAUCCAGGCCAACGUCUGCAGCGCCUUCAUCCCCGUGUACUGCGGCCUCAUCCCUCCGGCCUUCCGGGGCGUGCGCUAUGUUGAUGGCGGCAUCUCGGACAACCUGCCUCUCUACGAGCUCAAGAACACCAUCACCGUGUCCCCCUUUUCGGGAGAGAGUGACAUCUGCCCACAGGACAGCUCCACCAACAUCCAUGAGUUCCGGUUCACCAACACCAGCAUCCAGUUCAACCUGCGUAAUCUCUACCGCCUGUCCAAGGCCCUGUUCCCGCCGGAGCCCACGGUGCUGCGAGACAUGUGCAAGCAGGGCUACAGGGAUGCGCUGCGUUUUCUGAGGCGGAACGGCCUCCUGAACCGGCCCAACCCCGUGCUGGCGCUGCCCCCUGCCCGCCCCCACGCCCCCGAGGCCGAGGAUGCGGAGGAUGCGGAGGAGGCCUCGGGGGCCCUCGUGGAAGGUCCCUUGCAGCCACCCCUGGAGGACCACAUCCUGGAACAUCUGCCUGCGAGGCUCAAUGAGGCCCUGCUGGAGGCCUGCGUGGAGCCCAAGGACCUGCUGACCGCGCUCUCCAACAUGCUGCCUGUGCGUCUGGCCGCAGCCAUGAUGGUGCCCUACACUCUGCCGCUGGAGAGCGCUGUGUCCUUCACCAUCCGCUUGCUGGAGUGGCUGCCUGACGUCCCUGAGGACAUCCGGUGGAUGAAGGAGCAGACAGGUAGCAUCUGCCAGUACCUGGUGAUGCGUGCCAAGAGGAAGCUGGGAAGCCACCUGCCCUCCAGGCUCUCGGAGCAGGUGGAGCUGCGCCGCGCCCGGUCACUGCCGUCUGUGCCGCUGUCCUGUGCCUCCUACAGCGAGGCGCUGCCCAGCUGGAUGCGCACCAGCCUCUCGCUAGGGGACGCGCUGGCCAAGUGGGAGGAGUACCAGCGCCAGCUGCUACUGGGCCUUUUCUGCACUAACGUGGCCUUCCCACCCGACGCCCUGCGCAUGCGUGCCCCCGCCAGUCCCACUCCUGAGCCCCCACAGCUCCCACCUGGCUCGCCCCCUUGCUGAGUGCUCUCCCACCCCGUCCUUCCUCAGCCCCCUGGGGUCCCGGUGCUGAGGGCUGGCGCCCCGGCUUCCCUGCCCCGUGAGGUGGGGCCCUGGGGCGGGCUGAGAUCCCUCCUCCUGGGCCUCUCUCCAUGACCUCUGCAGGAGUAAGGAGAUGGGGCCCCUCCCAGCUGCUAGCACGGGACUUGCCGUCACCCCCCACCGACCACUCGGUGCCUUUAUCUCCCGCUCCGCCCCGCCCCAGGCCUGGGGAAGCGCGGGGCCCCCACCUGGCGGCCCCGGUCCGUGCAGUAUUACUCCUGAGAGCUUUGCACCUGCUCCUCCCUCAUUUGCCAAGUUUCGCGGAAGACCGUUUGUGAAUAAUUAUUUAUUUUCGCCAAAGCAGUUAUAAUAAACACCACAGCUCAGCCCCUGCCUCCUUCACUGUGUGUGACUCCCAGGCCACAGGGGUCCUGCUGUCCUCCGGCCUGGCAUUCAGGGCCUGCAGCUGGGCCUGAGGCCGUCCCCCAACGGCAGUUGUGGGCCUGAGGUCUAGCCCACUUCUCUGCCCGGGACUCCUGUGUUUGCCCCACCUUGACCUGUGCUGCCUGACCCUUGGGCACAGCCAAGGGCCGGUGGAAAUACCGGGACCAAGAUCCUUGCUAAAUAAAACCUGAGAAAUGUUUACAAAA